AUGCCAAAUAAUUCUCAAUCAAAAAAGAAUGAGGUAAAGGAUUUUCAAAGUUUUUUUGCUCGAUCAUUAUUUUCAAGCAGCUUUAAGAAUUACUUUUAUGGAUUUUUCGGCCAGCUUUUUAAAGUGGGGUAUAACAGAAAAACAAAGAAAAAUACUCAGCUCGGUUAUGAAAUUUUUAUCAAUACCGUUUUCGCACUUCAGGUAGUAUCACUAGCGUGAUAUCCAAAUAUGAACGUGAAUAAUUGAACUUCAUAUAAGAUCCUCUGACAAUUAAUGGGAUGGGCAAGUUAUGACAGCAUUUGUGCAAAUUUCGGGAUAAUGAAUUUUUGCUUUUAUGGAACAAUUUCUCUACUUGGAAUAUGUCUCAUAUCGUUUACAAUUUUUGGAUUUUAUAUAUAUAUUAACAAAGAUCCGCCAGUUUAUAUAUCAUUUUGACCCCGCAAAAUUGCUAAACUACUUACAACAUUUUGCUUAAUUCCAAGUACCUUGAUUUUAUUAGUGGUAGCAAAAUACUCAUUAAUUGAUGCUGAAAAAAUCGAUGAAUAUGGCGGUUUACCUUCUUCUAUGCUUGAUUUUAACCUUCCAGGAUUUUUUGUUUCGGUUUUGGGGAUAGUAGUUUUGUUCUCAAUUAACAUAUACUCAGAAUAUUUUUCAUGUGACAUUAAGCACUUUCAACCUAAAAAAAAUAUAAAAUCAAGAUCAUGCUCUCUUUUAGACUUUCAAAUAAGGCUUUUCUAUAUUCUGACUUGUGUUUCAUUUGUGGUUUUUGUAAAUCAAGCAGUUUUGAUCCAUCAAUCAGUUUUGCUUUCUUAUUCUCUUUUUAUAGGCUACAAAUCGUUUUAUGUUUUGCAGUACUUUAAUAUUCUAGAGAAUAUAAUAAUAGCUUGUAAGCUUAGCAUGAUUUGUUCAACACUAUUGUUCUUUAUUCUGGGAGAGCUCUUAGACAGUGCUUCAAUUAUUAUUGCAUUAACAAUUUUUCUGCAGCCAGCCUUAUUUUUAUUAGUAAUUAAGCUGGUGAGAAGGAAUUAUGCAAGGCUUAAAAAUAAUGCAGCGAGCCUGAAUAACCAGUUCGAAUUUGAAAAAAAAUUCAGACACCUUUUAAUUGAUGAGGAUUAUGAGAAUAAGUUUGGAGUUCUGGAUUUAUUUAAAACUUACUGAAAAAGACAUAAUUUCUAUAAAGAUAAGCUAUUUGCUAUAUGGGAAUUUAACUAUUGUCUUUCAAUAAUAAAAGAUGAAAGAUUAGCAAGGGUAAAAUUGUCGAAAAUCGCUAAUUUGCAAACUUCAUUUGAAGGAGAAAUCCAAGAAUGGAGGCUUUUUGCAUGACUUGUUAAGAGGAAAUGCAAAGCUUUUCCUGAAACAAGCUAUUUAGAGUUUUUAAAAGAGUUCAGCAGAAUUAGAGCCCAAGACGAAGAACUUUGCUAUGUGCUGAUAGAGUUUCAGGCAGAGGCAUCUCUAAAAGCUCCAAGAAUUGAUAAAAUUAUAAACUACUCGGAAAGAACAGCGAAUUAUAUAAAAAUCCUUUCCGAAGAUUAUAAAAACUUGUGUGACAAAUAUAAAAAUGUUGAAGGCUUUGAAAUAUAUGGGAGCUUUCUGGAGAAUAUCACAAAUAAUCAUGAGGAAGCAGGAUUAAUCAAUAGGAAAAAUAAAGGGCUCGAUUAUUACAAUAAGCAUAAUGAAGCAAAAAAUUUAGAAAACUAUGGAAAAGAUGUGCCGAUAUUAUUGGUAUCUUGCUCUGAUAAUAAUAUUAUGUACCUCAACGAGAAAGCUUCUCUGAUACUAAAAACUUCUAUAGGAAAUAUAAUUGGCACUUCAUUGCUGAAUUUUAUUCCUAAACCUUUUGAUGCUUACCACACAUCAACAAUUAAAGAAUUUGUGUUUAAUAGUAGCACAGUUGAACUAUCAUCGCAUAAAAAUUUAUGUUUCCAAAAUGUACAAGGAUACUUAAUAGAGUGCAAUUUUCUAAUUAAAUUGGCAGCAUUUCACAACUCUGCAUAUUUCUUAAUUACUUUUGAGCAAAGAAAAACUGCACGCGAAAUUGCGAUUAUCUCAGAUGAUGGAUUUAUUUUAGGACAUUCUGAGCUUUUCCAUUCAUAUAUUGGUUCUACGUUAAAAAACUUAAAAGGUCAAAACAUAUCAAGUGCAGUUCCUUCUUUAGAAAUAACAAAAAUGAAAGACUAUGAGCCCUGGAUAAUACCUUUUAAUGAUAAAGAGAUUGCUUUUAUUAAAUCACAAAAGCAUAUAAAGUCCAAGAUAAUAAAUGAAUUUAAAAUCAUUCAUGACGAUUUAGAAGUAAAAAACUGAAAAGAAGGACUCGAUAAUGAUCAAUUAAAGCAAUUGGCUAAUUUCGAAAUAGAAAAAUCUCAAAUUGAAGAAAACGACUGAAGGGGCGUUCAAGCUCAAUUUCUUUCAGCUAGUAAUGCUCCUCUCUUACCAAGGUCCUCAGCUGAAACAGAAGUUUGCAACAAUGAAGAAUUCCAAGUAAAAGAGAUUCCUCCGAAGCGUAAUGAAGACAAAAAAUCAGGUACUGAAGAUUAUUCAAAAUCAUCAGCAAGCUCAAAAUUUUCUAAUAAAGCUAAAAGCCUACUUUCAGAUACAAAAAGAAAAAUCAGAAUCCUCCAAGUCACGCUAUUCCUCGUGGUAAGAAACAUUUAGGUAUCUUCAGUAGUUGUGAUAGUUUCCGCCAUUUUGGGCUAUAUGAUCACUGAUGUGUCAUAUACGACAUCUCUAAGCUCUUUCAAAAACCUAAGCGAUCUUUUAUAUGAUCUUGGGCUAGCUGCAGAUUCAGCAAGGCUUAUAGAUCUUAGUAAGCUAACAAACGCAUCUGAUGAACAAAUAAAUAGCUAUAUUGCUGGUCUAGAAAAAAUAAUAUUAGACUUAGAAGCUAUCCAAGGCACUAUUUUAGAAGAUCUCAGCCAGUGAAGCUACUGCUCAAGCUCAGAAAUUGUGUUAAAUGCUAUUAUCCCUUUACUAUAUUUUGAUACUUAUAAUCCAAGCGUAAAAUAUUCAAAUUUAUAUGAUUCGAUAUCAGAAAUUAUUUUUAAUGUAAUUUUUAAGCAGUGCAAAGGCAUGAUCAAAGCCAUUUCAGAAAAUGAAUCGUAUCUCAAAUAUAUUAGAUUUAUUCAAACCAAUAGUGCAGGAUAUCUUUAUGAUCGUGCAAAUUCAACAAUGGACUGGAUUUCUGAUUGCGAAAUAAAAAGGAUAAAAAAUACUGGUACAUAUAUAAAUUUCCUUUUAAUUUCUGGAUUUUUCGCACUUGGGAUGCUGGUCUUAGUUGUUGUUGGCUAUAUCUUUCUGGUAUCACGAAAAUAUGAUGAAUUUUGGGGUUUUAUUUUGAAUACUGCGCAAUCAGCAUUGGCUAAACUUAAGAGCUCAGCUAUAGAUAGGCUGAUGCUUAUUCAUGGAAUUGAUUAUAACUCAGAAUUAAAUAUGCAUAUUUCAGGAAAUCAAAAAAAAAGAAAAGUAAGGACUACUUUUUAUUUGCAAUACAUCUCGAGAAUUAUGAUUUUUUUCGUUGUUGCUGCUUCUUAUUAUUUUUUGAUUUCCCUCUAUCUUUACCCAGAUUGUGAAGAUUUAAUGGUUAAUCGUCAAAAGCUUCUUAGUAACUUUAAUAUGAGACGAUCAAAUAUCAGAUGACUCUCAAUGUUUUCUCGAGAAGCCAAUUCUCAUUAUUUCGAAAAAAAUUCUCCUCAAUAUAUUCAAUUUCCCAAUGCUUGGACGAGAAUGAAUACAGCCUCAGGCAUUUUAAAACUGAAAAACAAAGAACUCAGAGAAAAUGGAUUAAAAAAUUUAAUGUCACAAGAAUUGAGGGAAAAUAUCUAUCGGAAGGUAGAUUCUAGCCAUGCAAUUUUAAACUACGGCACAGAUGCAGCAAUUAAUUCAAUUAUAGAAGAUUGUGAAACUAAGGGAAUUUAUCAAGUUUUGACUAGCACAAAUGUCAUCUCAAUGCUUGCAGAUAUAGUAGAAAUCCAAGACGAAAUAAGCCGAGAGUUCUUAUUGGCAAAUCGUGACUCAAGAAUUCUUAUACAUGAUAAGUUACACCCAGCCGAAGAGACUCUAUACUUAAGCUAGCUUAAUUUAUAUAUAAAUAGGAUGCUAACAUUUUUUGAGUUUUAAUAUAAAUGGGUAUAGAUUCUAUUAUAAAUACAACAGUAGCGUAUACUAUAGCACUAUUUAUGCUAUAUUUUUGCUAUUAUUUACAAUAUUUGAACAGGCAAAUUAAGUAUCUUAAUCGAUUCUCAAUUCUUCCAGAAAUCCUGCCAAUGGAUCUGGAAUAG